AUGGAUAUUCUAAAGCAGUUGACAAUCAACAAUCCUUUGGUUGGGAUGCUAGAACAAAUGCCAGGCUAUGCUAUGUUUAUGAAGGAUCUUGUGAAAAAGAAGCGGACUGUGAGAUAUGAACCGGCAGAUAACUUGAAUCAUUGUAGCGCCAUUACUACAAGAUCAUUAGUACAGAAAAAGGCAAACUCGGGAUCAUUCACUAUUCUAUGUACCAUUGGAUCAUUCAAUUUUACAAUGGCCCUUUGUGAUCUUGGGGUAAGUUUAAAUCUUAUGCCACUUUCGGUUUUCAAGAAGCUGUGCUUGGGAGACACUAGACCCAUCAAUUUGUGGCUUCUAAUUACGGAUAGAUCGAUAAAAAGGCUGGUUAGGAUUCUUUAUGAUGAUCUUGUUAUGUUGUCCAGAUUUAUUUUCCCAGCGGACUUUGUAAUCCUAGAUUGA